UUUUGUGCGAAACAAAUCAAGCGGAUUUGUCCACCGACAGGAUGAUGCUGGUGAUCGAAUGUUUUGUGCGAAACUGCAAAAUCAAGCGGAUUUGUCCACCGACAGGAUGAUGCUGGUGAUCGAAUGGUUGAAGACACAGCUGGACACAGUGGAUCUGAUUGUGCUGUCGGUGGUACUGCUCUCCGCUGUUUACUAUCUGUGGAAAAAUCGACUAACAAAAGCGGCUGAUAAAUAUGCACCAGCGGUACUUCCCAGUUACACGCCCAUCAGGUGCGCACCCGACAGACAGAUCUCCUUCAUUACGCGCAUGAAAUCGGAAGGCAGAAAGGUUCUGAUAAUUUAUGGCUCGCAAACAGGCACGGCCGAAGAACUGGCUGGUCGUCUGGCGAAGGAUGUUCAAAAUUAUGGACAAAAGGCUCUUCUAGUUGAUCCAGAAGAAAUGGAUUUGGAGGAUUUUGCUAGAAUUAAAGAAAUUGACGGCCUGCUUGUGAUACUCUGCAUGGCAACAUAUGGUGAAGGUGAUCCAACUGACAACGCGCAGGAUUUUUAUCAGCAUAUCUCGGAAUCUGAUAUGGAUUUGAAAGGCAUUCAAUUUGCCGUUCUGAUAAUUUAUGGCUCGCAAACAGGCACGGCCGAAGAACUGGCUGGUCGUCUGGCGAAGGAUGUUCAAAAUUAUGGACAAAAGGCUCUUCUAGUUGAUCCAGAAGAAAUGGAUUUGGAGGAUUUUGCUAGAAUUAAAGAAAUUGACGGCCUGCUUGUGAUACUCUGCAUGGCAACAUAUGGUGAAGGUGAUCCAACUGACAACGCGCAGGAUUUUUAUCAGCAUAUCUCGGAAUCUGAUAUGGAUUUGAAAGGCAUUCAAUUUGCCGUAAGUUUUGCCUUAUCCAAAGUACAAUAUUUUAUUAUUUUGUAUCGUUUUGAAAUUCUGGAAGAUCCUUGCGCAAAAUUGUUCACUGGUGAAUAUGGCCGAUUGGGAUCAUUCGAAAAACAGAGACCGCCUUUUGAUCAAAAGAACCCAUUCAUUGCUACUGUUGGUGUGAAUCGUGAGCUUCACGGUGAGAAGAGCGAACGCAGUUGUCGUCAUAUUGAAUUCGUCACCAAUGCAGCAAGGAUAAGGUAUGAGACUGGUGAUCAUUUGGGAGUUUUUCCAACAAACGAUCCAAAUUUAGUGGACGAAUUGGCCAAGCUGAUCGGUGUGAAUAUGGACCUAUCUUUUAGCCUCAUCAAUCUUGACGAAGAAAGCUUGAAAAAGAACCCAUUUCCAUGCCCAUGCACAGUGAGGACUGCGCUUACGCAUUAUGUGGACAUUUGUGCUCCUGUUAAAUCGCAUGUUUUGAGAGCUCUGGCUUCGUUUACAAGCGAUGAAACAGAACGAGAACGCCUUCUGCUUCUGAGCACUGCAAAUCAACAGGGUCUGGUAAGUUUUUGCAAAAAAAUUUUCAUAAUAUUCCCUCAAGUUUUGGCCAGCUAAAU